AGCCCGGCGCUGUUGCCGGCCACACAGAGCGGUGCCCGGGAGCUAUGAGCCAUGAAGCCGCCAGGCAGCAGCUCCAGGCGGCUGCCCCUGGCGGGCUACAGCCUCUUCGUAGCCUCCCACAGCUCCCGCGGCCGCCUUGCCGGCCCUGCGCCGGCUCGCGUCCUCGCCCGCGCGCCGCCCUGUCGCCUGAUCCUCGUUCUUCUCCUGCUGCCUCCGCUCGCCGCCUCGUCCCAGCCCCGCGUCUGGGGGACUGCUGCAGCUAGCGCUCCGCAUUGGAAUGAAACUGCAGAAAAAAAAUUGGGAGUCCUGGCAGAUGAAGACAAUACAUUGCAAGAGAAUAGCAGCAGUAAUAACAGUUACAGCAAUGCAAUGCAGAAAGAAAUCACACUGCCUUCAAGACUCAUAUAUUACAUCAACCAAGACUCAGAAAGCCCCUACCAUGUUCUUGACACAAAGACAAGACACCAGCAAAAACAUAACAAGGCUGUCCAUCUGGCCCAGGCAAGCUUCCAGAUUGAAGCCUUCGGCUCCAAAUUCAUUCUUGACCUCACAUUAAACAAUGGUUUGCUGUCUUCUGAUUAUGUGGAGAUUCACUAUGAAAAUGGAAAACCACAGUUCUCUAAGGGUGGAGAGCACUGUUACUACCAUGGAAGCAUCAGAGGCAUCAAGGACUCCAAGGCAGCUCUGUCGACCUGCAAUGGACUUCAUGGCAUGUUUGAAGACAAUACCUUUAUGUAUAUGAUAGAACCACUGGAGCUGCUUCAUGAUGAAAAAAGCACAGGUCGACCACAUAUAAUCCAGAAAACUUUGGCGGGACAAUAUUCUAAGCAAAAGAAGAAUCUCAGUGUGGAAAGUAGUGACCGGUGGCCCUUUUUAUCUCAAUUGCAGUGGCUGAGAAGGAGAAGAAAGAGAGCAGUGAAUCCAUCUCGUGGUGUGUUUGAAGAAAUGAAAUAUUUGGAACUUAUGAUUGUUAAUGAUCACAAAACGUAUAAGAAGUAUCGCUCUUCUCAUGCCCACACUAACAACUUUGCUAAGUCUGUGGUCAACCUUGUGGAUUCUAUUUACAAGGAGCAGCUCAAUACCAGGGUUGUCUUAGUGGCGGUAGAGACCUGGACUGAGAAGGAUCACAUUGACAUCACCACCAACCCUGUGCAGAUGCUCCAUGAGUUCUCCAAGUACCGACAGCGCAUCAAGCAGCAUGCUGAUGCUGUGCACCUCAUCUCGCGUGUGACAUUUCACUAUAAGAGAAGCAGUCUGAGUUACUUUGGAGGUGUCUGUUCUCACACAAGAGGAGUUGGUGUGAAUGAGUAUGGUCUUCCAAUGGCAGUGGCACAAGUAUUAUCGCAGAGCCUGGCUCAAAACCUUGGAAUCCAAUGGGAACCUUCUAGCAGAAAGCCAAAAUGUGACUGCACAGAAUCCUGGGGUGGCUGCAUCAUGGAGGAAACGGGGGUAUCCCAUUCCCGAAAGUUCUCAAAGUGCAGCAUUUUGGAGUAUAAAGACUUUCUGCAGAGAGGUGGUGGAGCCUGUCUGUUCAACAGACCAACAAAGCUGUUUGAGCCCACUGAGUGUGGAAAUGGCUAUGUAGAACCUGGGGAGGAAUGUGAUUGUGGCUUCCAUGUGGAAUGCUACGGAUUGUGCUGUAAGAAAUGCUCCCUCUCCAAUGGGGCCCACUGCAGUGACGGGCCCUGCUGUAACAAUACCUCAUGUCUUUUUCAACCACGAGGGUACGAAUGUCGGGAUGCUGUGAAUGGGUGUGAUAUUACCGAAUAUUGUACCGGAGACUCUGGCCAGUGCCCACCAAAUCUUCACAAGCAAGAUGGAUACGCAUGCAAUCAAAAUCAGGGCCGCUGCUACAAUGGGGAGUGCAAGACCCGGGAUAACCAGUGCCAGUACAUCUGGGGAACAAAGGCUGCAGGGUCUGAUAAGUUCUGUUAUGAAAAGUUGAAUACAGAAGGCACAGAGAAGGGGAACUGCGGGAAGGACGGAGACCGAUGGAUCCAGUGCAGCAAACAUGAUGUGUUCUGUGGAUUUUUACUCUGUACCAAUCUUACUCGAGCUCCACGUAUUGGUCAACUUCAGGGUGAGAUUAUUCCAACUUCCUUCUACCACCAAGGCCGGGUGAUUGACUGCAGUGGUGCUCAUGUGGUUUUAGAUGAUGAUACAGACGUGGGCUAUGUAGAAGACGGAACACCAUGUGGCCCAUCUAUGAUGUGUUUGGAUCGGAAGUGCCUACAGAUUCAGGCCUUAAACAUGAGCAGCUGCCCUCUCGAUUCCAAGGGCAAAGUCUGCUCAGGCCAUGGGGUGUGUAGUAACGAAGCCACUUGCAUCUGUGAUUUUACUUGGGCAGGAACAGACUGCAGUAUCCGGGAUCCAGUUAGGAACCUUCACCCUCCCAAGGACGAAGGACCCAAGGGUCCUAGUGCCACCAAUCUCAUAAUAGGCUCCAUCGCUGGUGCCAUCCUGGUAGCAGCUAUUGUCCUUGGGGGCACAGGAUGGGGAUUUAAAAAUGUCAAGAAGAGGAGGUUUGAUCCUACCCAGCAAGGCCCCAUCUGAAACACCUGCACUGGAUGAACUUCACCUUGCGCUGUUGGAUUGUGGGUCUGACACACCUACGGCAGCAUGGCCAGGACUACUAAGUCUGUAAACAAGAACACUGGGCUGUAAAGACUACAGAGCUAAGGUUGGGGUGGCAGGGAUGGGGUAAAAGAAAACUGUCCUUUUUGGAGAUAAUUUCAAAGAACUCCUCCCAUCAUCUGUCCAUAAAAGGGGGGGGGGAGCAAAAGACAAUGUUAUAAAUUUUAAAAAAAGUUUCAAAAUCUUUUUUUUUUCCUAACUAAAGGAAGAAGGAAAAACAAAACAACAAAAAAAUUAAGUGCAAUAAAAGAACCAUUAAAAAAUAGCAAAUGAUUUUUUUGUCCCUCAGCCUGCUGGCACUUAAUAUCUUCUAAAUGAUUUGGCAUGAUUUUUUUUUUCUUUUCCUACCUAUGACAAACUCCAGUGGCAUGAAGAUCUAAUUUUCAAAAGGGUAAAAACUGCAUGGCAUAUACACAACAAGCUAGCAAGCCAAUCCUCAGCAAACCUGCAACUGAAUUCC